CUUUCUUCAAUACUUCCUUCCAGGCUGAGUCAUCACUAGAGAGUGGGAAGGGCCGCAGCAGCAGCAGAGAAUCCAAACUCCAAAGCUGAUACCACACAGUAGCAUUUCUCCAAGUUGAGGGCUCAGAGGGGAGCCAUCAUGAGCGAUGUUACCGUCGUGAAAGAAGGCUGGGUUCAGAAGAGGGGAGAAUAUAUAAAAAACUGGAGGCCAAGAUAUUUCCUUUUGAAGACAGAUGGCUCAUUCAUAGGAUAUAAAGAGAAACCUCAAGAUGUGGAUUUACCUUAUCCCCUCAACAACUUUUCAGUGGCAAAAUGCCAGUUAAUGAAAACAGAACGACCAAAGCCAAACACAUUUAUUAUCAGAUGUCUCCAGUGGACCACUGUUAUAGAGAGAACGUUUCAUGUAGAUACACCAGAGGAAAGGGAAGAGUGGACAGAAGCUAUUCAGGCUGUAGCAGACAGACUUCAGAGACAAGAAGAGGAGAGAAUGAAUUGUAGUCCAACUUCACAAAUUGAUAAUAUAGGGGAAGAAGAGAUGGAUGCUUCCACAACCCAUCAUAAAAGAAAGACAAUGAAUGAUUUUGACUAUUUGAAACUGCUAGGUAAAGGCACUUUUGGGAAAGUUAUUUUGGUUCGAGAGAAGGCAAGUGGGAAAUACUAUGCUAUGAAGAUUCUGAAGAAAGAAGUUAUUAUUGCAAAGGAUGAAGUGGCACAUACUCUAACUGAAAGCAGAGUAUUAAAGAACACUAGACAUCCCUUUUUAACAUCCUUGAAAUAUUCCUUCCAGACAAAAGACCGUUUGUGUUUUGUGAUGGAAUAUGUAAAUGGGGGAGAGCUGUUUUUCCAUUUGUCGAGAGAGCGGGUGUUCUCCGAGGACCGCACACGUUUCUAUGGUGCAGAAAUUGUCUCUGCUUUGGACUAUCUACAUUCCGGAAAGAUUGUGUACCGUGAUCUCAAGUUGGAGAAUUUGAUGCUGGAUAAAGAUGGCCACAUAAAAAUCACGGACUUUGGGCUUUGCAAAGAAGGGAUCACGGACGCGGCCACCAUGAAGACGUUCUGUGGCACACCGGAGUACCUGGCACCCGAGGUAUUAGAAGACAACGACUAUGGCCGAGCCGUGGAUUGGUGGGGCCUGGGGGUCGUCAUGUAUGAGAUGAUGUGUGGGAGGCUACCUUUCUACAACCAGGAUCAUGAGAAACUUUUUGAACUAAUACUAAUGGAAGACAUUAAAUUUCCUCGAACACUCUCUUCAGAUGCAAAAUCACUGCUUUCAGGGCUCUUGAUAAAGGAUCCAAAUAAGCGCCUUGGCGGGGGCCCAGAUGAUGCAAAAGAAAUUAUGAGGCACAGUUUCUUCUCUGGAGUCAACUGGCAAGAUGUAUACGAUAAAAAGCUUGUACCUCCUUUUAAGCCUCAAGUAACAUCUGAGACAGAUACCAGGUAUUUUGAUGAAGAAUUUACAGCUCAGACUAUUACAAUAACGCCACCUGAAAAAUAUGACGAGGACGGCAUGGACUGCGUGGACAACGAGCGGCGGCCGCACUUCCCUCAGUUCUCCUACUCCGCCAGUGGCCGCGAGUAAGGCCCCCGUCCUGCUCCUUCACUGUCAUCCCAGAUUUCCUCCUCAAGACGAUUCCCGGACAUCACACCAGUCAUAGCUCUUACAAAGCAGGAGCGCCUCCAGACACCCCAGCCCACUCUCACCCCCACGAGAACACACAUGGACGCAAACACACUUGUUUGUUUUUGCAUGAAAUUGUAUCUCCGUCUACGGUCUCAUGCUGCUGCUGCUACUGUCUUACUAUUCUAGCAACUUUAAGGGGUAAUUUUACAAUCUUUGGAAGUCAUGAGCCCACCAUUGUUCAUUUGUGCACCAGUUGUCAUCUCUUGAUCUUUUAGUUUUUGUUUUUCCCUCACAGUGAAGGCUAAAUGAGAUACACUGAUUCUAGGUACAUUUUUUAACUUUCUAGAAGAUACAUUGAAAACUAAUUAGACUAAGAAGAUGUAGUUUAUAAUUCAGAACAAGCAAUUGUGGUAGGGUGGUGACGUGCAUAUGCAGAGUUGUAGGAAGGCACGAGAGAUCAGUGCGUACGGUGGGGAUUGUGCACUCAGACCUGGCCGGAAUCCGUAGGGAAGCAUCUGAGAGAAGGACCGAACGACCGUUGAGACAGAGCGCUAGACGCACACGAAGUCCCUGUCGGACACCGCGGACGAAGCCCCCUGUUCUCCUGGACGGCCGGAUUUCACGGGCGGGCAUUGGCAGGACGGACACUGUUCUUCUGGGAAGGGGGCAUAUGCACGGCAGAGGCAAGGUCGCUCACGGGCUCGAUGACAUGAUUUGCACCAGAGAGCAGUUUUUGUUUUUUUUUCCCCUGUGCUUGAAAACCUUUUUCCUUUCUUGAUCUUUAUCACCUCUGAUGGCUGAAGAAUGUAGACAGGUAUAAUGAUCCUGCUUUUCACCAAAAUUUGUACACCAAGGUAAACAGGUGUUUGCCUUAUUUAAGUUUUGACUUUCGGUUCUACGUGAAUUAGCUUUUUCUCGGAUGUUAAAACUUUGAAUGUCCUUCUAUGAUUUUGUUUAUAUUGCAGUAGUAUUUAUUUCUUAGUGAAGAGAAUUGUGUGUCAUGUUAGCAAAUGCAGCUCCAACUUACACGGACCAGACUCACUGCAGUUUAUUUUGACCCACGUGCAAGGAGUGUGCACGCCAGUGAGGGUCGUGCACUUUUUCUCCUUUGUAACAAAAUUCGAUGAGGCUCUGAAAUUGUACUUAUUGGUUAGAAUUGGGCUCUGGGAGAAGAGAUGCCGGCACUGAACCCCUUGGUGCUCAAAAGUGAGAAAACCCCAGCUCUCCGUGCCGAGGGGCUAAGGAGGUGGAAGGGUGUGGCUGUUGACCGUUAGAACAGAAGCGCUCUGACGGCCCGGUGACGUCUCGCCGCGAAGGAACAGCGACCAGCGUGACCGUGACAAAUGCACCGUACUUGGCAAAAUGCACACAUCUUGAGUAUUCAUAAAGUAGGCAGUAAGGGGUAAGAACCCGGUGUGUUUAUUCCGAUCAUGGUACAUUUAUCACUGACUUAAGCCAUCAGGGAGAAAACAAAACACACACAAAAAGAACACCUCCAACUUUUCUUUUUCUGUAUAUACUCGUGUCCCCAAAUUCCGACAUUUCUCACUGAAAGGGGAUGUGUAUGCAAACCUCAUCUUUCUCCUUCAUUAAUGAUGAUCUUCAGAUUAAACCCUUUGGUGCUAGGAGCUGACAUUUUCCAAAGCAGCCUAUGAAGUCCAGGGGCUGGGGGUCCUCGCCGCGGUCGCGGGAGGCCGGCCGGCCCUGUGGAGCGAUCGUGGCGAUGUCUCUAGUCACACGUUCUGACAGCUCCCCGUGGAACACUGCGGCGUGACGUGGUAUGACGACUCAGAUGUGUUGUGUGGACGAGCAAGUGACUUUCUAAGUAGGAUGAAUCAUAUUCAUAUGCAGAUGUCUUAGCCUCGUGGCGCUGGAAGUGUGGAUCUGUAGAGGAGACACCACUGCUGGCGGUGGGCGGGCCGCUGGGACUGACGGGGGUCAAAGGGCAUUUUACUAAGGCAGCUAAGACAUAUUCAGACAUAGGUUUUAUCCUAAUUUUUCAUACUCCUACCUGAGUGAGGUUCAUCCUUAGCAUUGAGUAGGAAGUUACAGGAAAUGGUAGUUCAUUCUUACUUACACAUGUCGCUUCACUUUUUCUCCCCUCUCGGAAUUCUUUUGAAUGUUUCGCUUUGACCAGAACGUAGACUAGAAGGUAUGUCCUGUAAGUUGUCUCGCACCCAUUUUAUCCAAGAGGAACAGAUAGAGGCAGAGAAGGUGGCUGAGGCUGGCUGAUGUUCGUGCGGAGCGGCCGUCCCUCUCGAGGGCGACCCCAUACACUAAGCACUUCGAUAGCUCCCCCCCCAACCCUUAAGGUGGUUUCCCGUGACCUUGGUCAAGGACACUUCCUAAAGAUGAGUGACCGCGCUGACAGUGCCCGGCCCGGCCACUCCUCACAGCUGGCUCACGGUCCCCAGCCCGCGUGCAGGGCUCACUCACGCUGGGCCUCAAGAUGUGCUGGGGACCCACGGGGCACUUCCUUGACUUCCCUGUCCAGCCUCCCUUGCUCUCGUUCCCAGGUGUCCAUCAGCUGGCAUGGAGGAACGACGGGAAAACAGAUGUGUACGUGUGUGUGUGUGUGUGUGUGUGUGUGUGUAGAGGGAGGGUUCCGCACCUGCCCUUGGGGCUGCCUGUGGCCGCGGUGGGGGCUGCUGGCAGAAGGCGAGGCCCGAACAUGGCAUCACUCCAUCAGGACGCGGGUCAGACGCUGCGGACUCCAUCCCGCACUAACUUCCGUGAAGUCUGCCCUCUUGUCUUAAUGCAGCCAUCUGGGAGGAAAUUGGCCAUUUCUGCUUGGAUUUUUUGGCAGGUUGCUCACAGCUUUGCUUCCUACACUAAUUACAUAGCAUUAUUUCAGUAUUGUUUUCCAUUUCCCGUACCUGAUUUCCGGCUUCUUAAAGCUGACUGUUCUUGCAGGGGCCCCUUGCUUUUCCUAGCGGACAAAAGUAAGGGCCUUCCUUACUAACUGCAGGGUCUCUGUAUUACACCUCGACGUACACACUUUGCUGCUACUGUUCGUACUGUCUACAGUAGAAUUUCCUUAUCUUGCUCCUGGUAGUGCAUUACAGGCAAGCAUGAAAUGUAAAGUAUUUAUUUAAAUAAAAAGAAAACCUCUAAAUUGGUAAUUGAAUUACCUCCCUGUAGCUUUAUAGUUUGUGACAUUUCUUGACCUUGCUAGUUCUUUCAUUAGAUCCGCGCAAGAUCUAGUCAUCUGGUUAAGGAUUUUAAGCAGACGCAACUAUGAACCCAAGAAAAACUGUAUUACUAUUACUGUCGGUCAUACUAAAACUGUUAUUUCCUUAAGUAUAUGACCCACAAGGAUGUGAAAUAACUACAAGGAACUGUUUUUGUACACUGUACAUCCUUAGUAUUUUUACACGUAUAUGAUAGGGAUGCACAUUAUUUUCCUUCGUACAGACGGCUUAAAUAAAGCACUAUGUCAAUCUGCUCCUUCUCUGUUUGUUGUUGUUGGACGUGGUUCUGUAGUCUCAGAAAAUCAAAUAUUAUUCUUUUCUGAAAAAAAAAAAGAUUUUUAAUAGCUCCAGCUGGCAUUAACCUACCCUAUAUAAAAUGUGAGAGGAGAAUAACGUCCAUCUCUUGUAGCCCCAAAACACACACAGGACUGCUUUGUUAUUACUUCAGUAAAAUGGCAAUAGUGCAGUUGUGCAAACUUGGACGAGGGGCCGCUACUGAAGGGGGGGCUGCCAAACCCUCAGCGCUGGGUCUCAGGUGCAUCUCCCCUGAAGUCAGGGAUGGAAGAAGGGGGCUCCCUGGAGAUGUGUUAGGGACCUAAGAAGCUUAACACCGGAUGGUUUGGGCCCAGAACUCCUCAGGAGUGUUGUUCCUCAGUGAUGUCUUCCUGGUAACCUUACACGUGUUGCUCUGCAUACUUCCUUUCUUAGAAUGGACGUUGGCAAAUUAACAAAGGUGGUCGUGGGUGAGAGAUGGGUAGGGUGGUUGUACUUCAGUCUGAUUUAUCUAGACUUAUUUUGGAUGGGGCCUUUUUCUGAUUUUACCUCAUAAACCUACUAUUGUACAAACUUGGCUUUGCUCCUGUGACUAAGCUGAGUAGAGGAAUGGCUUUGGGACCAGAGUUAGUUAGGCGUGCACGUGUGUGUCACACAGCCAGAUCUGAGGGCAUUCUUACGUGUGCUCUUCUCUCAAAACCACUGGGAUGGACAGAUCCAGGAGGCUAAAAUAAAGUGACCUCUACAAUUCUUUAAGGGUGCUAUUUGUAGAAUAUUGUGUAAUUUAUUUACUGUAGUCCUCAAACAGAAUUAGGGACAAUUAACAUAUCUUAGGUGACAACCUUGAUGUCUAGCACAUUGGAUUAAAUCAAAAAGUGAAUCCAGAUAGAAGUUCUACUCUUUCAGGCUUGAACCUUUUCCAUGCUUGAGAGACUUUCGAAAGCUCUUUGCAUGUGUAUCCUCCCACCGCCUCCGAAGCCUAAUCCCCAUCCAUCCCGAGAGGCCACAGGGGGCUGGUGAGGGCAAGGGUUCGGGAAUGCUAGCCAGGAGAAGGGCCUUAGGUCAGGGCCUCCUCCCGCCCACCCGCAGCCUUGCCUUUAGCACCUCAUUGUCCUCCUCACAGACAACACGACACUUCAGUGCCCGGUUUUUAUUACUUUCAAGCAUCUGAGGGCUUAACCGUGUGUAGUAGAAAUACUCUCUUAGACUAACAGAACGAUCUGUGUACAGAUACCCGAAAGACCUUGAAGUCAACUUUGUAAUUCCACGAAGUACAUUCGUAGGCUCCUCUCAAAUACCGCACAUUCAAGAAGAAACCCGACACCUCUAAGCCAAAGACGCUUUCUUGUCUGUUUUCCUUGUGAACAGAGUGGACAGGAUAAAUAGUGCUUCCUGGUGUCUCCCGACUGCACAGAGUAGCAGGACGAUGAGUGACGGAGUCUUACGAGAUGUUGAUUAAAAGCAUCAGAAGUUAGAGGAUGCUCUCUAGCUCACGAAGAGGGAAGGAAACGUGAAUGGCAGGAAGAAAGUCUGGUCCUUAAUACCCUCUGGCCUAGUUAAAAUAUGUGCCUUUUUGGUGUGUUUCGUUCAUCACUACAAGGUAAAAAGGAAACAUUACAAUUCAGGUCUUUAAAAAGUUCAUUUAUUGCAAGUCAUGUGUGUAACAGCAUACAAAUGAGCAGAUCUAAAAACAUCGUCACUUCAAGCCAUUUCUGGAAACCCAGCAGGAGGGCUCCUCGUCCGGUGCCGGAGCUGAGCCGCAGGCCGCAGCACACAGGUGCCUCCGAGCAUCGGACGGGGCGCCCAUCGUGCAGCCCGCGGCUGCCCCAGGCACCGGCCGCUGUCCCGGAAGGUGGUGGCGUGCUGUGGCAUCUCACGAACAAAUCAGAUGAAUGUAAAUAUCUCUUUGUAAACCAUUUAUUUCAUUCUGUUUCGUCCAGGUCAGCAAUCAGAUUGUUGCAUGCUGGGUAACUGGAAAAAAUGAUAAUAAAAAGUAAGUUUAAAUAGA